CUCUAGUUCCCUCAUUCGAGGAAAAUGAUCCGUAACCUAUCUAACAUGUAUCUCUGCACUAUAUUUCUUCAUGCUCUGUAUUUUCUUAAUUAUUGGUUCGUAGGCCUACAAGGGUCAGAACUUAAUUUGCCUAAUGUUUUUUUGCUCAAGGGAAAGGAUUUAUUCAUGGAGUUAAAAACACAGAAACCCACCAGUCAGUUUACAUGGCGCUUUAAAACAAAAAAUAAUAUAAUAAGACAUAAUCCUGGUCAAUUAGGGGAUUUUGAAAAUUUCUAUGGCAAAAGGGUAGAGUAUUCAACAAAGAAUUACUCAUUGCAAAUAAAAAAUGUUGGAUUGAAUGACAGUGGACUUUACCACGCAAUAGAAAGUGGUGCAGAAGUAACAAUUAUUGCUGGAUACAACGUCACAGUUCAAGAGCAGGCAUCACCAGUGGUCCUGAAAGUGUCGUCUGUAUCUCCCAGUCCUGAAUCCUGUAAUGUGACCAUGACCUGUAGCACUCAGAGCUCCUCCUUAAACUCCACCUUCACGUGCACCAAUCAAACCUGCUCUGGGGAUGGAGGAGACCCAGCAGAGGUCGUGACCUCUGAUGUCUCGCUCAACCUCUACCUGUCAAAUGGUUCGAUCGCCAUCUGUAACCAUAGCAACAAAGUGAGCUGGUCAAAGGCCACGAUGGAGAUUGAACCUCUGUGUUUUGAAGAUUAUGUUAGGAAUGCCAUCAGCAGCCCAAGUGUUCCAUUAAUUACCAUUUCAAGCUGUCUAGUGGGCUUCAUCAUGGCAAUGUGCAUUCUGGGAAUUUGUUAUUGCAAAUGGACGAAAAAUAACCACCCUACCGAUAACCGGGAAACCCAUUCUCCUGGUAGCGAUGACCAGAGUCCAAACUGUGACCAGUCUCCCACCGUCUACAGUAUGUUAGGACCCUCUUCUCUCCCUUUAGAAUCCAUUCCCCUUCAAACAGCCUCACCCGAAAGUAUUUAUGCCGAGGUUGACAAUCACGGAGGUGCUUAGAAGGUUGCAGGUUCUAUCAGGGGCGAAGCACCAAAUUCUGGGCCCUAUACACAAGAAGUCCUGAUGCUUUCUGAGCCGCUACUGAGCCUAGUCGACGGUUAUUGGAUACGGUUGAGGCGGGAUAUGACGUGAGUACGAUGUAUGAUUAAAGGUGCGUUCACGGUCCUGGUGAUAACGAGACGCCUUGUCAGUAAUAACGAGAUGCCACAAUUAUGACCCUCACGCUUACUUACGCGUCUUGCCGAUACCGCCGGUCAUGUGCACUGCGUUGGGAAUCUAAAAGUUCUUCACAGCAGGUUUUUUAUAUCUGAUAAAAACCUGUCAGAACUAAACAGAGCUUAGUACAAUCAGUUUCUAGUUUGAACGCCUUUAUUUCUUUGGAGCCUAUCACCUACUACCCGUUUCCUUUUAUUUAGGAGAAGCACAUUGUAUAUUGCCGCUGAAUGGAAGGCUACACUUCCCCUUAUCUAGAGCUGGUUUACCAGAACACAACGUUUGAAACCGAGCAAAGUUGAUGCCAACAGACCUUACAACUUCAAUCGAUAGUAAAGUAUGCGAUAUGAUGGUUGAUUGUUUUAUAUUGUGUAAAACGUUCAUGUUCAGCAAUGUUAAUGUGCGUCACUAUUAAACUAUACGUCACCAACUGGGUAACUCUGUUAUCAGAAUCUGCCCCCAGUUGCCGAACAGAAGUAGAAUCAUAAGCGCGCCAUGAGGUGUCGUUCACGAGAACUUUCCGACGUCCCAAAAAUGUUUUUGCCAUUUUUCCAGCGAUGUGAACGCGGCACAAGGCGGGAUAUGGGUCUUUUGAGCGUCGCGUCACUGACGUUACGGUCAAAAAUGUCGCUAAAUAAUUGCGUAAGACAAAAAGUGUCGCAGAACUAAUUAUGUAGCGGCUAACCUUGUUGGUUAGACGCUACAAAUGCCGCCUUCAAAGCAGCUCGGAGGUUCGGAAGCUCUUACGUGUAUUUACGUAAACCUUCACUUCUUCCGAAAUAAGUGUUCAGGAAACGCCCCUCAGAAGUUCGUAGGCUAUGACGUUAACCCGGAAAAACUGAUCGUUCGUGAGACUAUACCAGGGCCCCCAGGAACAAUGCAUGCUUCCGCAAUCCACCAGUGCUCAGCGGCCAAGCCUGGAUUGCACCCGUUUUAGCGGGCUGUGGACGGGUCCGUCAAUUCAUUGAGUCCCAGAAGUAGAUAUCGCCUUUCACUCCAAUACAAGUGGGGAACAGGAAUGUGUCUCCGCAAAAAAUGUCUGGAUAACAAUCAAAGGCUCCUAAUUAUAUUUAUACCAUGUUCUAAAAAAAAUUAUGUUUUCUCUUUUCAAAACGCCUCCUCAAGCGUUUUAUUAGCAGUUUUAUGCAUUUAUUUUUUGCUGUAGAAGGAGGGGUGGGCAGCUGAAAGGAGUCGUAGUGAAACAAACGGCUCAGUGCCAUGGACCUAUUAAAGAAGUGCACGGCUCUAUUAACUUCUCGUGUCUGAGGUUUUUCCAUUUACUUAACAGGAAUGGCGUUGAACACGGAUAUACAAAACAUACAUAUCAUUGAAAUAGCUGUUACAGGCACUGACGUAUUGAUUACCUGAAUGAUUAUGGGAGACCUAAUCUUCAUAAUAUUGUUAAUAGUCUAAUAUUAGAUUUCAGUUGCGUUGUAUUUAAUUUUCAUUUGCUUGUUUAGCUAUGUAUGACAGUUUAACAAUGUUGGUGUGUUACAAUCAUUAUUACAAUUCAUUAUUUGGGUAGGCUACUCAACUUCGUUGCUGGUCAAUAUGUAACCAUUUACUUUACAUAAAUUAUUGAUUGCAUUUUUCAUAAAUAGUUAGUAGGAAGGAAUCUGUUUCUUAAGCAAUAAAAUUGAACAGUAUUUUUCUAGGCCUACAUACGUUUACUACGUUGUUGGUGUUAUAUGUUAGAUGGAGCAAUCUUAUGAAGUUCCCAGACCAAUAAAGUUCUAUCUCUUUUUAUUUGAA